CGGAAACAGAACGAUACUUUGUCCAAUAGAAGAGACUAGCAGGAACAUAUAAAUGCAAGUAGGUUUACUCAGCAAACCAGACUCCUCAUAUAUCAACCACAUCAAGUGUAACAGCAGAUUAUUGGUGUGUGCUGGACAGCAUUUUUUUCAAAAAUGUUGCAUCUUAUUCUGGUUCUCUCUGGAGUUUGUACAGUGGGCAUGACCAUGCCUUUACCCAAUUACUACUCUUACUCCAUGGCUGUUGGGGACGGAAGUGGGACUGAAUAUUCCACUGCAUAUGAUGGUCGCAUCACUGGUAUCAGACUCUGGGAAUACAGUAACGCAUACAUUCGUGGAAUUCAGCUGCGUUAUGAUGGUAACUGGACAACACCAGUUUGUACAAACAAUGGCAAUCCACUGGAGAUGACACUUCGUGACAAUGAAUCCAUCAUUCAGGUCUCUGGAAAAUAUUACAGUGGCUACAUCUAUGAGAUUAUGUUUGUCACUAGUCAAGGCCGCUCUUUGAAAGUGGGGCAGCCUACUGGAACCUCAUUUAACUUGUACCCGACCCAUGAUAGAAGUGAGCUACGUUUUCUCAGUGGUCGACAGAAUGGAUAUGGCAUUACCUCCAUUGGGGCUCACUGGGCUGUGUACUAACACUAGUGACAACAAUGUAACAGCUUAAGAUCAUAUCAGUUCAGUUCAAGCCCAUUUACCUUGUUUCUGCCAACAUUAAAAAAAAGAAACUACACAAAGUUAUUUUAUCUCUUCUCAUUUUAGACUCACUUCUGAUGGUUAUUAUUUAACGGCUAUGGGUUCUUUGUUUGGUUUCUGUUUUAGUAUAUUUUAUGUUUUAAACUUACAUAAUUUUUCACUGCAUGAACAUGUACUGUAUGAUCAACAUUAUUUUAAUUCAACAAUCAAUCAAUCAAUUUUUUUUUGAAACAACUACACAAGCUUAUGUUACUUGUUCUCAUUUUUUAUAGACUCACUUCUGAUGGUUAUUACUUAAAUAAAGGCUAUGGGUUCUUUGUUUGGUUGUGUUAGCCUAUUUUAAACUUACAGCAUUUUCCACAGCAUGAACGUGCUGUAUGAUCAACAUUGUUUUAAUUACCUAACUUUUUUUUUUUAAUAUAAUUCUUCAACAACUGAUAAUUUUAUGUAUGGGUUUACUUUCAUUAAAACAGAUUGUAACACUUUUCUGUUAUAUGAAGAUCACAUUAAAA